ACACCAGCGUGAUCAGGAUAAAAAGCUUCGAGCGACAUCCAGAGCUCCAGUGAACAAGUCGACGACGACGACCUGCGACUUUACAACGAUUCAAUCAGUCAGAGACGAAUACUGUCGAACCUGCACCUCCAGCCGAGCCCGGGGAACCUUCGCACUGCUGACAUCAUCUGCUCAAAGAAUCUGAAGAAGACGACGGCGAAUUCAAAAUGUUUUCAACAUCAGGCUUCUCCAAAGUGACGGCUGCCGUUGCGGCGGCGAUGAUGAUGGUGAUGAUGAUGCAGAUGAUGACGACGGAGGCGGCGGCCAUGUUGAAAGCAGGCAUCAAAUCAAAUCACUCAGGGAGGACACACAGGAAGUCUGACGCCGGCGCCGCCGCGGUAGAAACGGUCCCCCUGCAGCUGGACACCAGCGCUUUGGUUCCUACCACAAACAUCAUACCGCUCGAGAACUCCUCCAUCUCGCCGUGGACGUACAACGUCUCCCACGACGACGAUCUCUUCCCCCGGAUCCUGUCGGAGGCUCGCUGUCUGCUGAAGGGCUGCCUGGACUCCGAGGGCCAGGAGGACCGCAGCCUGGAGUCCAGGCCCAUAAUGCACCAGGUGCUGCUGCUGCGGCGGUUCAAGCCGGCGAGGGCGGGGCACAGCUACAUCUACAGGCUGGAGUCCCGCCUCAUGGCGGUGGGCUGCACCUGCGUCCGACACAUAGUGCAACAGCAACAGUGAAGAGCAGCGGAGAGCAGAGGGGCUUCUCGUACGGAAGACCAGUGAUGUCAGAAAAAACUGAUGCUGAAAAGGAUUCAAUUUGAAAAGAAAAAAACAUAAAACAGAAGGGAGCACAUCCCUCAUUAAUCUGCUCGUACAUUGGCAUCUAACAGUUUCUUACAGUUCUAAUGUCAUAGAUUAAAUAACUCAGGUUGUAACUUUUGAUUAGUAGCUAAUAUCUUUAGAUGAUUCAUGAAUAGCUGAAUAUUUAUUAUUAUAAUUCACAAAUUAUAAUUAUUUACACUUAAUUUAACUUUUUUUGACCAAAUAUUCUAUUUAACUUUUUAAAAUGUAUCAUAUUUUAUUUUUUAAGAAGAAGAAAAAAAAAAUUUGAGAAACUACACAACUGAACUUUCUGAAGUUUAGACACAAAGAUUAUUACUGGAGGUGUUUCAUGUACUGUUUCCUAUUUAUGCCUAAUUUAAGUUAAUUUAAAUUGUGAUUUAUUUAAAUGAUUUUGAUCCGAUGUAGGUAUUUUUUGGUGAUGUAAUAUUAAUAUUAACAUACUUAUGGUUCAAAGGCUGAACGU